GUGAUUAUGCCAAUCAACAUGGACGUGCUUUUUGGCCCGACACCAGAGACCGCGGAACACGCCAACGCUUGGGAUGGCUGGGUUCGCAUGGCAGAAGGUUUAGGGCACCAGAUUGUGAACAGAUACUCACAGAUUACCCUGCAGUCCGUG